AAAACUUAUCAGCACUGAGCACAUCCAUGACCGGUCUGGCCAUUCUCCUUCAACAUCUGCAUCUCAGUCACAUCAAUGGAGUCAAUCGCUAGUGGGUCAUCAACUCGUCUGUGUGCGCGUUGCUCAACCCCUGCACGUUAUACUUGUCCGGGGUGCUCUACCCCAACAUGUUCUCUACCCUGCUCUCGAGCCCACAAAUCCGAAACCGGAUGUAGCGGGGAACGCAAUAAGGCGGCUUAUGUGCAGAUGAAUGCUUAUGGUUGGGGCACAAUGAUGCGCGACUAUUGUUUUCUCGAAGAAGUAGGCAGAAAAGUGAGUGGAUGGGGUGGAGAGAUUGCUCUUGAAGGCUACGCAAUAGCAGGAUACGAGAAAGCAAAAGAUAUGAGGGGAAGAGGGGGUGCACGUAUGGGAAGGGGAAGGGGUAGAGGUGGAAGGGGUAGUGGAUCGUCCAAAAGAGAUCUGCUAAAAGCUCAUCUAGAAACCUUGGAUAUCGAAAUGGAUGUACUUCCAGUCGGAAUGCAUCGCAGAAAGGUAAACCAGUCGACUCUUGAUGCAAAAACGCAGGCUGCGUUGUUGACGAUAGAGUUCAAGUUUUACCCCGGAGCGCCGUCGCAACCUUCUUCAUCUGCAGCAUCGGCUCCAUAUGCCGCACUUGUGCAUCGUAAUGCCAUUCAUUCCCCGCUAAUCACCCUUCUUCAGCGACACGUCCCUCAACAUCCAACUUCCAACAAGGACCGUCCCAAGCCGAAGAAAGAAAAUUCUUGUCCAGACUGGGUUACUUCUCUUGUCCACCCUCAUCCAGACGAUCCCGAAGGUUUCAAAGUUCCUCAUUGUUACCUACCUGCGCGAAUGGACUUGUCCAGGAUAACAUAUUAUCCAGGCGUCGGAAUGCAGGGCGGCCCGUCUUACUAUAAAAUUUGUCCCUCUCAGACUCUUCAGGAAUUGCUUCAGGGCACGCACUUCGCAGAAUUCCCCACCAUUCACAUAUACGACCCGGACUCGUCCACAUUUGUUGGAAAUGUUGUGACAAAAGGGGGUCAGCUCUCGCCGAUGUCCGAGGACGAGCAGGACAUCAGAGCAACGAAAAGACGAAAGCUAAAUGCGAAAGCGGGGAGAAAGGCGAUUUCAGGACUCGUCGGCGACUAUGGAAGUGACAGUGAGACUGCAUCGGAAAAAGUGGUAGCCACCCAAACACGAGACGAACUGGGAGUUUUAGGGAGCUACGCGGAAAGCGACCAUGACGACGAAGACUGUGUUGUGGAAGCACGCACCACCGAGGACGACAUUGGCAGCACAGGAUCUUUCUCAGCUGAUGAAGGAGAGGGCCCUGAGCUUGAUUAUGCUGCCGUUCUCGAGUUGAUCAAGCAAGCACAAGGCGCCGCCGACUAUGAUUCAGAGGCGGUAGAUUGGGGUGAUGAUUGGGACGAAGACGUAGCGGAGUAA